AAUAGUAAAUGAAAUUGUUUGAGCGCAACGUUGACCCUAUCUAAUCCAAAGUUCCACCACUCGCCUGGAAAGAUCGAACAAUGAAAACGGCAGCCUUGUUUCUUAGUCUCGUCGUUUCGGAUGCGUUUGUCCUGAGGACGGGUAAGACAACGAGAAUCUCGUCGUCGCAACCACACUUCGCGAAGAAAACUUCCGAUGAAAUUCCUACCAACGAAGUAGAUGUUAUCGUGAUCGGAAGUGGACUGGCAGGUCUUUCUUGUGCCGCACUGCUGUCGCAUUGCGAUAAAGAAACGGUUGUGUUUGAAGCUCAUGAUACCCCUGGUGGAGCUGUAAGUCGAAAGUCGAUUCUAGUGAUUUGGGAGGAUUGUAUUUUACGGCAUCCAUUUUUCGAUGAACAUGAUCACUAAUUUUUGUUGCUCGAAAUUGGGACUCAAUCCGUGAUGCCACAACUGGAUAUAUGCAUUUUGACCUGAUAAACUAAAAGGCCCACGGAUGGGAGAGACGUGGGUUCCAUUUUGAGUCUGGACCGUCUCUAUAUUCUGGGUUCAGCAUGGACGAAUCGCCCAAUCCACUGAAAAACGUAUUCCAAAUCAUCGGGGAAGAUGCCGAAUGGAUUACAUAUGAUCGGUGGGGGACUGUAAUGCCCGACGGACGGAAGUUCGCAGCAAAGAUUGGACCGGAAGAAUUCGGCGAUGUAUUGAAGGAGCACGGUGGACCGAAUGCGGAAAAAGAAUUUGCAGCGCUCAUGGAACGGAUGGAACCUCUAUCGAACGCUGCACAGGCACUCACCUCGAUGGCGUUGCGAGAGGAUGCGGGAGCUAUCUUCACGCUGCUUCGAUACCCGAAAGAGCUUUUCGCGACGCUAAGACAAGGUCAAGCCUUGAACGACCCCUUUAGCAACAUCAUGGAAGAAAUGGAAUUGAAGGACAAAUUUGUCAAAAAUUGGUUGGACAUGUUGUGCUUUCUUUUGCAGGGACUUCCUGCCAGUGGAACUAUGAAUGCUGUAAUGGCUUACAUGUUGGCCGACUGGUACCGUCCCGGUGUCGUAUUGGAUUUUCCUAAGGGUGGUAGUGGAAGCAUUGUCGAUGCGCUGGUACGAGGUGUUCGGAAGAACGCUAACGGCAAGGUUUGCUUGAAUGCUCCCGUUGAGGAAAUUAUUGUCGAGGACGACAAAGUUGUUGGAGUGAAAUUGGAGAACGGCAAGGUAGUGAAAGCAAGACAGGCGGUCGUUUCCAAUGCUGAUCCUUACGUUACAAACAAAAUGCUGUCCAAGGCACGAUCGGAAGGAAAGCUCCAUACCAAAGCGGCAGAAUACAUGGAUUCAUUCAUCAACACUGACGAAAAUACGGGAGGCAUUCCAGAUUUGAAGAGUUUCAUUCACAUCCAUGCCGGUAUCGAUGCAACUGGCCUACCUACGGAAGCCAGCGCUGAUUUUCCCACGCAGUGGGCAGUAGUCCGCGAUUGGGACGCGCCAGAAGGCGUGGAAUCGCCCAGAAACAUUGUACUUUGUAGCAUGCCGUCCCUGAUCGACCCAAGCUUGGCACCCGAGGGAAAGCAUGUCUUGCAUGCUUAUGUCCCAGCGACGGAACCCUAUGAAUGGUGGGAAGGUAUGGACCGUGAUUCGGAGGAAUACAAGAAGAAGAAAGACGAAGCUGCCGACUUUUUGUGGAGUGCCAUCGAGGAAUACGUACCCGAUGCGAGAAAUCGUGCCGUACCAGGAACAGUUCAAAUCGGCACACCCUUGACUCACGAGCGAUUUUUGCGCCGAUCUCGGGGAGCGUAUGGGCCGAGAGUGGAGGCAGGAAAGCAAACCCUACCAGGCCACAAAACGCCGCUCGAAGGAUUGUAUCUGACUGGUGAUUUUACUUUCCCUGGCAUCGGGGUGCCUGCGACGGCGGCUGCUGGGGCAAUCACCGCCAACAACUUGGUUUCUGUUCAGCAACAUUUUGCUAUGCUUGAUAAAAUACUACUCCCUUCGAAAUAAGUACAUUACGAUUUUAACUAGUAGUUUGUGUAUUAUUUGAACGACAAUUAAAGAAGCCGCUUUUCAAAAAUUACCCCCACUUUAAAUAUCUAGUCGACAGGUAUGAAUAAGCAAUUUGUACUGAA